GCAAUGACGCGGCUCGGGGUCUUCGGGAGGCCGAGGCGGAGCGAGAGGGAUCGAUAUCCCUUGAAUCCGAUGGAUGGUUUCCGGAGGCGCUGCACGAGUCCUUCUUCUUUAUGGAGGAGCGGCGUCAGCUGCGACAAGCCAAGGGGAGGUUAAUGGCGCGCGGGGUUUGCUCUGCCAUUUCGGAGGUGGCCAUGUUUCUAGGCUUUUCCCUUUACGGCCUGGCUGCUUUGCGGACACAACUCUUCGGGAACCCACAGCAGGACAUUGGUUACCUGGCGCUGCCAAUCCUUGUGACGAUCUGUGCGGUGGCAUUCACACUGAACAGGACGAUCGCCAACAAGGACAAUGUGGCCUCUCUUUGGGCAAAGACUUGGAUUAUGCUCUUGGUGGUCUGGGAGCUCUGGCUUUGGCCUGAAACUCGAUCAGGCCCCUGGCGUGAAGAGCCCUGGAUGACGGAUGAUGAGAAGGUGGUGCUGUCGGUGUUCUUGAGUCUGGAAGCCAUCACUCUACUGGCCUGGAUUUGGAUCUACAAAGUUUAUCCUUUCCUGGUGAAAUAUUGCCACCAGAAGUUUGCUCUCCGAUGCUUCUGGCGAAUACGUCCAGCAGACACUGGGGAGGGCUACAGUUACUUGCCGUAUGGCUGGACCAGUCUGUCCCGCCGCGAGUUCAGAUAUAGAGGGGACAAGGACGAGAAUGGACGACCCCAUGGCUUCGGUGAGUGGCAAGACAACUCGUAUCAUGGUGAGGUCUUGAAUGGCACCUGGCAACAUGGUCAGCCUGUGGUUCCCUUUGUGUCCAGGUGUUUUGGCUCUGGUGCCAUCUCGCGAGGAUUGAAGACCGGCUACGGGACAAAGCGCCUGGAAGGCCUGUCGGAGCUACAUUGGACGCGCGAGCGAACAGAGACCUUCUUGUUCGGCACCUGUGGGGUGGAAUGUUCAGCUUCAGGAGCCUUCCUGGCCCAUUUGCCCCAGCUGUUUGAAUACCACCAGAAGACCUUUCCCCAUGCAGAGCAGAUGGUGCAUGACCUUCAAUCCACUGCAGGAUCAGAGACAAGGGACGCUCGGGACGCCAACUCCACAGCCCGAAUGUCCUUUCUGGCGACGCCUGCGGAUUCGGUGUUGGUUUUCGUUCACGGAUACAACUGUCCCAUUGACUGGGCUUGCAUGCGCUUGGGCCAGCUGAUGACUUUGGGCAACUUCGGCUCCAGCGUGUUGCCCUUGGUGUUCUCUUGGCCUACAGGACGCAUUCCCUCCUUCUUCCAAGUGCGAAAGCAGCUCGUGGACUUCGCCCCCGACUUGGCGGAAUUCCUUGCGUGCCUGCGACGGGCUGGAGUGAAGGAAAUGCAUCUCAUGGCCCAUUCCAUGGGCUGUGAACUGGUGACUGCUGCGCUGGAGCAUUUGGAACGGCUGAACCAGGAGGGUGGCAGUCAACCACUCGUCAAGACCAUCUCUUUCUGCAAUGCCUCUUGUCCUCUUUCGGACUUUGAGCAACCCAUGUUGAGCCGCAUCAUGGGCAUCUGUGAGCGCUUGACCUUGUACGUGGAUCGUGACGACUUCGCCCUAUGGGCUUUGGAGUUGCUAGCGCGAACGAAAGUGCUGGGUUGCCAUACAGAGCCGUUUCCACUGGUCAGCCCAUGCCCAGGUGGCGACGUCGAGUUACCAUCCUGGCGUCCCUCCCAGGAGGACCCGGAGGACCCGGCAACGUCGCUGGCGGCGCUGCGGCCGCGCAUUGAUGUGGUGGACUGUAGCUCCAUGGAUGCGAACGUCAAUGGCAUGCGCCAUGGUUACUUUGAUCUGAAUACAAACUUGGUGGCAGACUUAAAGGAAUUGAUUGUGGAUCAGAAACGAGCAGCUCAGAGGAGCCGCUUGCUCCGCAUCUAUUCUGAUCCAAAUUACAACGUGUUUUCCUUCCUGGCUCCGCCGGUCUUCGUGACGUACUGAGACCGGCCAGCGAAAAAGCUUGGAGGUUUCACCAUCGACAUAUGGACCAUUCAAAAUAGGCUGGUUG